AUGAACAAUCAAGCCUGGCUAGAGUAUGGGAAUGGUGAGGAGAGGAGAGUUCGUUACACCCUCAUCCACGUGCCCAUCCCCUGUUACAGGAUGCAUAGGGAAGUUAGGGACCUUGGGAUCACAUUUACACAGUCUCUUGCUUGGGAUCGCCAUGUUGGUGUGGCUUGUUCUAGAGCCCUGCGCAAUCUGGGUCUUAUCCAUCGCCUUGCCAGAACCCUCUCCAACCCUCAUUCAUUAAGGAUUCUUUAUUGUACCCUUGUAAGACCCCACCUCGAAUACUGUGGAGUCAUAUGGUCACCUCACCAGGUCUACCUAAAGGACGCUCUGGAGGCGGUCCAGCGUCGUUUUCUCCGCCUCAUCGGGACCCGUCUUGGGUACCGGUACCAAGAAGUCCCACUGGAUGAUGUUGCCGCCCUCAUGAAGCUUCCUUCCCUCGAAACUAGACGUAUCAUGAGUGAUAUCCUGUUUCUUUGGCGUCUAGUAACGGCUGACAUCGAUUUGCCCUGA